AUGUCGCCCACACAAGAUUUUAUCACGCCUUUGGGCAGAGAAAACCUCAAGGAAAAAGGGCCCGAAAACAAUCGAGAUUGUGGAGGGUUGCAUCAUGAAUUGGAUGUCAAACCCGGCUCCGUGUUUGAAAAUGGGGACAGCUUGCAGCGUAAACUCGGAAACCGUCACGUUCAGCUAUUCGCAAUUGGGGGCUCAAUCGGGACCGCCUUGUUCGUGAGUAUUGGAGAAGGACUCAACCAAGGCGGCCCUGGUAGCCUCCUGCUGGCUUAUCUCAUAUGCAGUUUUAUGCUGUCGUUGGUGAACAACUGUGUGGCUGAAAUGUCAACGUAUAUGCCGGUUAGUGGGGGAUUCAUACGCCUGGCAGGAAAAUGGGUUGACGAGGCCUUUGGUUUCAUGGCUGGAUGGAACUUUUUUUUCUACGAAGCUUUCCUUAUUCCAUUUGAGAUCACAGCAGUGAACAUGGUGAUCUCUUUUUGGAGAGAUGAUGUUCCCGUUGCUGCUGUAUGUGGCGCUUGUAUCGCAUUAUACGCUGUCCUAAACAUCCUAGCCGUCAAAGCGUACGGAGAGGCCGAAUUUUGGCUCUCUAGCGGCAAGGUUUUCCUGAUAUGCAUCCUUUUUUCCUUCACAUUCAUCACCAUGGUGGGUGGUAACCCUCAGGGCGAUGUCUACGGCUUCCGCUACUGGCAAAAUCCAGGUGCGUUUGCUGAGUAUCGGAGUAUCGGUAAUACUGGGCGUUUCGAAGGAUUCUUAGCGGCCCUCUGGGCUGCUUCGUUUGCCUGUGUCGGGCCUGAGUAUAUUUCGAUAGUAGCUGCAGAAGCCAAGCAUCCUCGUACCAACAUCAAAAGUGCAUUCAACAUAGUGUACUGGAGAUUCGGCGUCUUUUUUAUAGGCAGUGCACUGUGCUGUGGUAUCGUCAUAGCAUACAAUGACCCAACCUUGGUCAAAAUCCUUUCUGGGAAAGCUGGAGGCUCAGGUACCGCAGCUGCUUCACCGUAUGUCAUCGCCAUGGCCAACCUCAACAUUCAAGUGCUGCCCCAUAUUGUGAAUGCCCUGCUGGUCUCUAGUAUUUUUUCGGCCGGUAACACGUACACAUACUGCGCCACCAGAACAUUGUACGGGAUGGCACUGGAUGGUCGGGCCCCCAGAUUUCUCACCAAAUGUACUAACAACGGGGUGCCGAUAUACUGUUUUGCCAUCGUGAUGGUGUUUCCUUUCCUUUCAUUCCUGCAGCUUUCCAACAACUCGUCAACAGUAUUAACUUGGCUGAUCAAUCUGAGCACAGCCGCCGGGAUCAUUGACUUCAUUGUGAUAUGUGUGACAUAUAUCUGUUUUUACCGCGCAUGCCAAAUCCAAGGACUCGACCGCAGCGCUCUUCCAUACAAAGGACGAUUCCAGCCAUGGUGUGGAUACAUCGGGCUUGCUUGGAUGGCUAUAAUUGUCACUUGCUAUGGUUAUACUAGCUUUCACCCGUGGGAUUUAACGGGAUUUUUCACUCAUUACACCAUGGUCAUAGUAGCGCCUGUACUAUUUGUCACAUGGAAGCUGUUAAAAGGCAGCAGAUGGCUCAAGCCCGAGGAAGUAGACCUUGUAUGGGAGGCCCCUUCGAUCAACGCCUACGAGCAGAACAGCACAACUACCGAUCCUCCUAUGGGGUUCUGGGGGGAAAUAAUCGCUUUAUUAGGCUUUCGAUGUGAAAAAAGCCGUUUUCAAGCUGGAUCGGUUGCCUGA